CGCUAACCGUCGCAGCCCAGCCGUCGUCCUCUCCCGGUUACUGUCACCCCGAUUAACCGCCUCGCACUCACCUGCAGGUGGGCACUGAUACAAACCGACCUUCUCCUCAGCAAGCUAGCGAGAAAUUUUACACUUUUUUUCUGGGUGAAACAGACACCAGUCUCGGUUGGAUAAGCUAACACUGUAUAUUUUUAAACCAUGGCUAUGGCCUGUAGUUUCCUAAACACGGAUGAGGCGUCUCCGGCGGCUCUGACAGACCUGUGUCUCACCUAUGUGAGUCAGAACCUGGAGUGUUUCUGUGUGAAGCGCCCGGACGGAUCUCUGUGCUUCAGGGAGGCUGUGCUCUUCCCGCAGGAGUUAGCGGACCAGCUGCUGGCCAAGAUGGCCACUGAAGGUCUGCUGAAUGACAGCACAGCGGGUGUGUUUCGGAACUGUGAAUACUUGCGGCUGAGGAGGGCCUGCAUCCGUACAGCGCGGAUCUCUGCAGAAGCCUUCCAGAAAGCCCUUUGCCCUCACAGACUGCUGGAGCUGGAUGCUGCCAGGGUCAACGCUGACCUGACCAUUCCUGACAUUCUGCAGGGACUGGCCACCAAUAAAUACUGCCAGGAGUCCCUCCAGCGACUUGUCCUAACGGGUCUCACCAUGUCGUCGCUGGAGGAACCAAUAUGGUAUCGCUUCAGCUCCCUCCAGGGCCUGCGCUCCCUCUCGCUAGCUAAUGUGGACUUCUAUGACUCUGGACUGGUGGACGUGUGUUCCCUGCCUCGGUUGGAAAGCCUCGAUCUCUCCAACACUUCAGUCACCAACCUGAGCCCCCUGCUGGGCCUGAAGGAGCGGCUGCGUUCGCUGACACUGCACCAGCUCAAAAGGCUGGAGAUGAGCACUGCUCAGUUACUGGGGGUCAUAGGACAGCUGGAUGUGUUGCAGCACCUGGACAUUAGUGAUGAUAAACAGUUUACCUCCGACGUUGCUCGUCAGCUGCUCGGACAGCCGGGGAUCCUACCUGCUCUUGUUUCCCUCGAUGUGUCAGGGCGGAAACAGGUAACAGAUGCAGCUGUGAAGGCUUUUGUCGAGGAGAGACCGGGGAUGACCUUUAUGGGACUUCUGGCCACAGAUGCUGGUUUUUCUGACUUCCUUUCUGGAGAUGGAAAUCUAAAGGUCACGGGAGAAGCUAACGAGAUGCAAAUCUGUGAGGCUCUGCGGCGCUACAGUGAGAGGGAAGGUUUUGUGAGAGAAGCUCUGUUUCAUUUGUUCAGCCUGACUCAUGUCAUGGAGAAACCAAGGCCUGACAUCCUAAAGCUGGUUGUUUUGGGUAUGAAGAAUCACCCGGCCACUCUAAACGUCCAGCUGGCAGCCAGUGCGUGUGUGUUCAACCUGACGAAGCAGGACCUGGCAGCAGGAAUGCCGGUCCGACUGCUGAGUACAGUUACUCAGCUUCUAUUGGAGGCCAUGAGGACUUUUCCCAACCACCAACAGCUUCAGAAGAACUGCCUGCUGUCUCUGUGCAGCGAUCGCAUUUUGCAGGAGGUUCCAUUCAACAGGUUUGAAGCUGCCAAACUGGUGAUGCAGUGGCUCUGCAACCAUGAAGACCAGAACAUGCAGAGGAUGGCUGUAGCUAUCAUUUCCAUCCUGGCAGCUAAGUUGUCCACAGAGCAGACGGCCCAGCUGGGGGCAGAGCUGUUCAUAGUGAAGCAACUGCUCCACAUUGUGCGUCAGAAGGCCACACAGGGAGUGGUGGACGCCACGCUCAAAUUUACACUGAGUGCACUCUGGAACCUCACGGAUGAAUCACCGACAACCUGCCGCCAUUUUAUCGAGAACCAGGGUCUGGACUUGUUCAUUAAAGUUCUAGAGUCGUUCCCCAGUGAAUCUUCUAUUCAGCAGAAGGUUCUCGGUCUUCUGAACAACAUAGCAGAGGUUGGAGAGCUGCAUGAAGAGCUGAUGGUGCAGGGCUUUCUGGACCACAUCAAGACUCUGCUGCACAGCCCCGAGGUGGAGGUCAGCUACUUCGCCGCAGGCAUCCUCGCACAUCUGACGUCACGAGGAGAGGAGGCCUGGACGCUCAGCCCUAAUCUCCGCUCUUCACUGCUUGAACAGCUACAUGCUGUCAUUAUGAAGUGGCCCCCGCCUGAGUGUGAAAUGGUGGCCUACAGGUCAUUUAACCCCUUCUUUCCCUUACUGGAGUGCUUUCAUACCCCUGGUGUCCAGCUGUGGGCAGCCUGGGCCAUGCAACACGUCUGCAGCAAGAAUGCUUCUCGCUACUGCAGCAUGUUGUUAGAGGAGGGCGGCCUGCAGCAGCUGGAGCGCGUUCACGCACACCCACAGACCCACCAAGACGUCAAACUGCUGGCUGAGAGCAUUCUGGACAGUCUGCAGCGGCACAGAGCCCGAACCGGCCAGCUGGCGCACACUAACACAAGUCGCCGCCCGCCGCCACAGUAGCCUCACAAAGAAAACGAGGCUCACAGAUCAAGAACAGGACGCAAAGCUGGUUCCCAUCGUGGGCGAGGUGAAGUGGGAGGAAGUUGUAUGUGUGCGUGUGAAUGCACAAACACGCACGAGAAUCCCUAGAAAGUAAACGGAGAAUAGGAGAGAGACAAUGCAAUUCUUUGCACACACUAACCUUAUUUAUUUUUUAAAAGUAUUUCUGUGUGCUAAUUCUGUGACAUAUGAAAAAAAUUCAAUUAUGACAAGCUGUAUCUCAGCACUGAGUUUGUGUUUGUGCUCGCUCUCGCCAGCCUGACUUUGGCAUCAAGUUGAUUUUCGUACCAAAAACAUGCCAGUGCACAAUUACAAGUCUCAGUCUGGGAUUGAACCUCCCACAGCUCAGCUCUAGUGAGGGUCAACGCCCUGCGGCCCUCGUACGUUGAGUGCUCGUUAAAUAUACGCAUGACGCUGCCGUGAGCUCAAGCAUGCUGGAGUUUGUCUGAAUGCUUGUACUGUUCAUUUUAGGAAUGCCUGCUUGGUUGUUUAUAUCAGUGCUCUGUUCACUGAAACCCACGCCUCUGGGUCUGCAAUACUACUGUUGCUCUCCUCCUCAUUUCGUCUUUUAUCAGCUGAUGCCUUUGAUUUGAUGUGACCAGACACUUGCCAAGGGUGUGUUCAGCAGCUUCCAAUGUUCCAAACAUUACAGACGAAAACAGAAAUUAUACAGACAGAGAAUCUCGAGUUCAUUUUACUUUCUUAACAUCAGGCAGCACUAAAUCUGUAUCAGUGGCAAAACCUGCAGUGCAGAACGCUCCAGAGUAGAAUUAUCGUGAUAAGUUGGCAGCCAUUUACGCCUGGUAAAGUGCAAAAGUAAAAACACAAGUGGCAAUAAUGAGGUGUCCAGCAGAGUCAUGAUAGAUGCACGUUUGUACUGAGUCACAUCUGUUUUCUCUUUGAGAAACUUGUGUAUAUAUGGGUGUGUUUGCUACGCGUCCGAGUGUCUUAAAGACAGAGGCAGCACUUUGGUGUGAGCAUGUGUGUAUGUACGUCUGUACAAGUAGCUGCAUCUUACAGAGUGUGUGUAAUUUGUACAUUAUAGAAAAUGAGGGUGAAAUAGUAAUUGUUCAGGACCGGUUGAAUUGGUUGCAUGGAAAGUAUUCUGUUGUAUGCUCAUUUGUUUUGUUUUUCAGUUAUUAUAAUAAAGAACAAAAGGGGAAAAAAUCCUUUCACUCAGAGAGCAAGUCGAAAUGUUUUAGAUGUUUCAGGGCAUUUCUCUGUGUUCUAAAAUGACCGACCAUUCUACAUGAUGCCAUCUACCAGGUACACUUCUGUUCUCUAGAGAAGCCACAUCUCCCUUGUUUAGCUCUGAUGAAGGCCCCUAUCACCAUUUUCUAUGCAAUUAAGACCAACUUCACUUUUACAAACUGCUGUCAAACCCCCGAUUCAACAAUGAAAACACUUUCAAAUAUAUAAAUGGAGUAUAGUAGCAAGGAUACCAAUGACAGGUCUGCAGAUUUCCAUAUAUAACAUGUAUGGUAAUGGAAAUGUAUUUCAGAUUUUGGGCUACAAAAUGGUACUUAAACAUUCAUCAUGCCAUCUGUUAAAUGAUUUAUUGUUUCUAUAAAUCAGUUGUUGUUGACAGUGAGCUUGAUAAUUACACGUUUCCCAGACAGAUCAUCAGUUUCAACAAGGAGAAAUAGUAAUGGAAGAGUUAUUUCUGUCACUCCUUAUAUGUUGGAUUGUUUAGUGGAGCUCCUGAACGUCGCCCUGGAGAAAGGCCAGUUUGAUGUUUUUUUCCACAAGAAUUGAAUAAAAAAGGCAGAUGGAAAUAGUCAAGAUGCUGUACGUCUGCCAUGACCGUGCCAUGUUGCUGCUCAGAGUCACACUUUCAAGUUUGGAAAUAAAGAAUGUACAUUGCCAUAACCUGGA